UUGCCAUGGAGGAGGCGCCAACGGAUUGGCUGGCCCCGCUGGGUCACUCAGUGGGCGGGUGGUGCUGGGAUGGCCGAGCCCGGAGCCAUCUCUCUGUCUGGGCCGCUGACGUGAGGGGCCUGGAGCCCAGCCCCCGGGCAGCAGGAACACGUGGAGUCUCCCCAUAAAAACAUCACCAUGUCCAGUGACCUCUCUAUAGGCAGCACAGAAAUGGGAGAAAAGGAAAAAAACAAAGAUCUGAGGAGGGUGACCCUUAUGGAAACAAAGCUUAAUCACAGCAGAUUCCUAAAGAAAAAACAGCAUGCACAUAGAAGCCAGCUGAACCAGGUGGAUACUGGUGCCAUGCUGGAGGGAAACAAGAAUGUUGCAAAAAAAACACUGGAUACAGCCUCGAAGGUAAGGUCAAGUGCCAUUCUGAGAAAGCUAGCACAGAUAGAAAGCAAGAUCAUGACUCGAAAGGUGCAGCUGGAUUUGGCAGAUACUGAGUUAGACCUGAAUAUUUCGGAUGAAAAGGACUCAGCCUCGUCCAGCCUUGAGCAGAGUACAAGAGGUAGCCGAUAUCUAAAGAAAAAUGACAAAGUCAGUGAUUAUGUGGUAUCAACUAAAGUCAAGGGGGAAAACUGGCACCAGACAACAAACAAAGUGCCAGUUAGAAAACAGCUUGGACUAGAUAGUGAUGAAGAGGAAAUGAGACAAUUACUGGGGAGCUCUUUGGAGUUUUCCAGUGAAAAUGAGAACCAGAAGGAUGUCACCAAAUACCGGAAGGAUGUCACCAAAUCAGAUGGAAAGUCCUUCACAAAGUCCAAAAUGAAGAUUCCACCAAGAACAUCUUUUCCACCCAAAACCCAGUCGUCUUCAACAAAUCUAUUUAGUGCAAGUUUUCAGAAAAGAACUUCCAAUAUAAUUAAUUCACAAACUCCUCCACCAAGUAGAAAUUUGCCAAGACUAACUAGUAUGUCUUCUCAAUCAUUGACUUUAAAUAAAGACAGUAUUACAGAGAAUGCUUCACCUAAAACAAACCACAUUAAACAAAGCCAGGUGUCCUUGUCUGAAAGAAGUGAAGUCAAGUCUUUGGAUGAGUUGUUUUUGAAAGCAGCAGAUACAGAGGAUGCAACCAGUGAAAGCUCCAAUGACUUCAGAUUCAAUAUUUUGAACAUUGAUGACUUGGAUCUAGAUGUUUCUCGUGAUAGAGAAGAAUUAAAACAAGAAGAGACAGACAUUCAGAUGUCUAAAAAAUCAAACAAAGACUCGAAAUCAAAUGUGUUUCCUAUGAAUAAUGACCAAACCCCUCUUAAAGUAGCGAGUGCCUUAACUAGUACUAAUGCUGCUUCUGACAAUGAUAUGGAAGCGGAAAUCAUGACUGAAGCAGAAAUCUCUGAGCUUUUAAGUGGAAUUUCUACAGACUACCUCAGUGUUAGACAAGUUUUUAAUGGGCCUGAGGAGAGCACUGUUAAUUCAGAAUAUUCAGAAGACUUUGAAAAAUCUCUGUCUUUACCGGUAUCUGAGACUACAGACCGAAGGUCACUGUCUGAAAUGUCAGUGGAGCACUCUAACAGCUCAGUGUAUUCCAGAAAGGACCUUACUCCCUCAGUCUCAUCACCUCAUUCUAACAAAAAAUGGCACAAGAUAGUAAGCAGAGUAACUGUGAAGGAAAUGGCUGUGCAAACAACUGACUCUCCAUUCAUCUAUCACUGGUCAAAGAGUGAUGGCACAGCAAUCCUUGGCCCAGCUGUAGGCUGCAGCUAUAUUGAUCCAGUACCUAUUGCAAGUCAUGUUGUCACCAUGGAUGCUGUGGAAGCCCUGACUGCAUAUAGUCCUGCAGUGUUUGCUUUAAAUGACAUGUUAAAACAGCAUUUGCUACUAACUCAGCAGUUUGUGGAGACCAUCCACCAUCUUCAUUUAUCACUUGUGGAGUCACUGGAGGAUGAGAAGUUUCAAUAUCACACACUGGCAGAAGCCAAGGAGUACAUCAAGAGUCACAAAUCCCCACCUCUGACAAUUGAGCAAGCAUUACUGGAAGAAGUUGAUUUACCAUAAUGAAUAACCAGCUUUACUUUCACAUGUGUAAGUUUCAAACCAAUAAAAUUUUCAUCUGUUUUUAAAAAAGGCAGAUACUGUAUGCAAAAUUAACUUGGCAGUAAGAAUUCAGGCACUCUGUACAUUUUAUUCUCAUGUACAUGCUCCUUCAUUACAGAAAAGUAGCCUCUCACUAGAGCAAGUGUUUGUUUUAAUUAUCUUGAUUGUUUCUUAGCACAUUAGCUUACCAAACAGCACAUUUAAUCUAGCAAGCAAACGAAGGAUUAUAUGUUUGUUGCGUUAAAAAAAAAAAAAAA